AUGCUGCCAGUUCUCGCGAUUUCGGUGUUCUGCAUCGUGACAUGGACAGCCGCGCUGAACGACCCGUCGCCAGAUUUACCCAGGUUCGGCAGACCGUUGAACAACCUGACGGUCUCGGUGGGUCGCGUGGCCAUUUUCACCUGCAUCGUGGAAAACCUUGGCCCGUACAAGGUGGCGUGGUUACGCGUGGAUACACAGACGAUCCUCACGAUCGCCACUCACGUGAUCACGAAGAAUGAUCGAAUCGCCGUGACACAUAGCGGUCAUCGUACAUGGUCCCUUCACAUCAAAGACACCAAAGAGUCAGACGGGGGAUGGUACAUGUGCCAAGUGAACACCGACCCAAUGUCCAGCAACACUGGCUACCUCGAAGUAGUUGUACCCCCGGAUAUCCUGGACUACCCUACCAGCACGGACAUGGUGGUGCGAGAGGGGAGCAACGUGACGUUACGGUGCGCAGCGACCGGUACCCCGGAACCGACAGUCACGUGGCGCCGUGAAGCCGGAGGCACAAUCACCCUGUCGAACUGGCACGAGGUGGCGAGCAUUCAGGGCCCGGAGUUAGAAAUAACACGUGUCACGCGCGUCCACAUGGGACCGUACCUUUGCAUAGCUUCGAAUGGAGUGCCGCCAACAGUCAGCAAGCGGAUCGUUCUCAUUGUUCACUUUCAACCGAUGGUUUGGGUUGAAAACCAGUUAGUGGGCGCUUAUGAGGGCCAGGCACUUACAUUGGAGUGUCGCAGUGAAGCUUACCCAAGACCGAUCACUUAUUGGACGAGGCCAUCGAACGAGACGAUCACAAACGAUAACAACUAUAAGGUCGAGACAAUACCGAGUGGAUACGAGAUAAUGAUGAGGCUCACCAUAAAGUCCGUACGACCUCAGGACUUUGGAUCAUUCCGAUGCCUGGCGACCAAUUCACUGGGCGAAACUGACGGGAAAAUAAAACUUUAUAAGAUCGAUCGUCCGCCGACGACGCGUAGGCCCGGCACGCGGCGUGAAUCGAAGAAAGCCUGGAAGAUCGAUCACAGCCACGAAAGGAAGACAGCUGGUAUGAAGGACGAGCCGAUGCCGAAGAGUCUGGACACCGAGGACGAGCAGAUCGAUUUCCAGUCGGCGACAGCCUCGUCGCUAUUCGAUCGUCAUUUGCUCGCUAAUCUGGGCAUCACCGCGGUCACCGUUAUCCUUGCCGGUCUGUCGACGUAG